AUGAAUACUGCUCAACAAACUAACGGAAAAGUCGCCAUCGUUACCGGUGCAUCAUCCGGAAUUGGUCGUGGUAAAUAUGAUAUUUAUGAUGAAAUGAACUUUUUUAUUUAUAUGUUUCGCUACAUUAAUAAUAUAUCUGAAAAUUAUUUAGCAAUUGCGAUUCGACUAGUAAAAGAAGGGGCCAAAGUCGUUAUUGCUGAUGUUAGCGAAGAUGCUGGCAAGAUGCUUGCAAAUGAACUUAACACCAAUAAAUCGGAAAAGAUUGCAAUAUUUCAUAAAACUGAUGUAAGUAAAUGGAAGGAAUUGAUCAGCUUAUUCGACAAAACUAAAGAAACUUUCGGAAAAAUUGAUGUAGGUUUAGAUAAAAUUGUGAUUAAUAACGCUGGUAUUGUUGGACAACUAUAUGGAAUGCUGGAUGAUUCAUUAGAAGGAACUAAACUUGCAUUUCAAUAUAUGAAACAAAACGACCCACAAGGAGGUGUUGUAAUUAACACUUCUUCUGUUGCAGCAUUUCAUCCAACAUUUAAUGUUGCGGUUUAUGCAGCCGCAAAAGCUGGUGUUGUUAAUCUAACUAGAUCAAUGGCACAAAUUAGUCAAUUAUUCGGUAUUACUGUUAAUGCUGUAUGUCCAAGUGUUACUGAAUCGGGAUUGACAUCUCAUUCAAUUGGUAUACUUCCUGAGAAUUGGUGGUCAUCCGUUAAUUUUGUUGUUGACGCAUGUUUUAAAUGUAUUUAUGAUCCAAAAACAAAUGGAACUAUUUUUACGGUUUGGUAUGAAGGAAUAAAAGAAGAGAGUUUUGAGAAUUAUCAUCCUGUAUUUCAAGCAAUGUUACAAGGACAACGUCAAAGUUAUCUAAAAUCUUUAGAAAACAAAUAA